GAGAAAAAUAAUCUGCAUGCGCGCGCGUGAUCUUUACGAAGAGAGAGCGGACUCGACGAGAGACGAGAGCGCAAGCCCGUGAACCGCGCGAGUUGUGGCAAAUUGAAGAGGAACGCACGGAACGGGGCGCCGUUCGCAGAACGCGAAGUAGGAGAGUAGACGCAGGGGAAAAGGGCUAGCGUUCUCUCGUAACAUCGCGUGAUAAUCGAUCGUUCGCCACGACACGGGGAAGUCGGUCCACGACGCGUAGCGUGUACGACGCGACGCGCUCGCUGCCGCCGAGGAACGAGGAACACCGCCAGGAGCCAGUAUGGCCGUAGGAGCUCAGCUGUUUUCACGUCACUGCCUACAUAUCUGAUCGUUAUAGAUAGUGAGUACCUCCAGAUUGACUGAAAUGGCAUGAGGGUAACGAUUUGACAGGGGCGGGAGUACAAAGAGAACUGAAGGGCUCGAGAGUUACGACAGACCAUAGGCAACAUUUCGUGAUAUAAACGAAGUGCAAAGGGCUAAGAGAGUUUAAUAGAGAGGAAGUUAUCACCAGCACCGCCGCCGGCUUUAUCCGACGCUAAGUUAAAAAAAAACAAGAAAAAUGUCGUCGGUUAAGGUGGCGGUGAGGGUACGACCCUUCAACCAUCGCGAAAUCACUCGUCAGGCACAAUGUAUCAUAGAUAUGACAGGGAACACUACUUCCAUAGUGAAUCCUAAGGCCACACCGGGAAGCAAAGACGCUGUCAAAAGCUUCAAUUAUGAUUAUUCCUACUUUUCUAUGGACCCAAAUGAUGAGAACUAUUCAUCUCAACUCAUGGUUUACAAAGAUAUCGGCGAAGAAAUGUUGAUACACGCUUUUGAAGGCUAUAAUGUUUGCAUUUUCGCAUACGGUCAAACUGGCGCCGGUAAAUCUUACACCAUGAUGGGUAAGCAAGAAGAUGGACAGGAAGGAAUAAUACCGCAAAUAUGCAAGGAUCUGUUUAGGAAAAUUAGCUAUACGUCUAAUGAACGAUUGAAGUAUUCGGUAGAAGUGAGUUAUAUGGAAAUCUAUUGCGAGAGAGUGCGCGACUUGUUGAAUCCAAAAAAUAGGGGGAAUCUUCGAGUAAGGGAGCACCCUCUUUAUGGACCUUACGUAGAAGAUCUUUCCAAAUUGGCUGUACUGUCGUACCAAGAUAUUCACGAUCUUAUAGACGAGGGUAACAAGGCCAGAACUGUCGCAGCAACAAAUAUGAACGAAACAUCCAGUAGAUCGCACGCUGUUUUCACUAUAUUCUUUACACAACAGCAGCAGGACUGCGCCACCGGUUUGAUGACAGAGAAAGUUAGUAAAAUAUCGCUGGUUGAUUUAGCUGGAUCCGAGAGAGCCGAUUCGACAGGUGCUAAAGGUACACGAUUGAAGGAAGGAGCUAAUAUUAACAAGAGUCUGACAACUCUCGGAAAGGUUAUUAGUGCCCUAGCCGAAAUUGCGGCAACAAAAAAGAAGAAAAAGGCCGAUUUCAUACCAUACAGAGACUCAGUUUUAACAUGGUUAUUACGGGAGAACUUGGGUGGAAAUUCAAAAACUGCUAUGAUUGCAGCAAUUAGUCCUGCCGACAUCAAUUACGAUGAGACACUCUCGACUUUACGAUAUGCAGACAGAGCGAAACAGAUCGUUUGCAAGGCCGUUGUCAAUGAAGAUGCAAAUGCCAGACUUAUCAGAGAACUCAAAGAAGAAAUACAGAAACUACGGGAACUUCUAAAACAGGAAGGCAUCGAUGUUCAAGAAGGUAAAGGGCCAGAUGGCAAAGUUACGUACGAAAAGAAAGAAUCUAGGGAUGAAAUUAUCAGAACGAACAAGCGAAAUGAAGAGGAUACCAAGGAGACACGGCCGAGAAUCCCCUCCCAUACUACAUCUACUAUCGCCGAAGAAGCAGUUGAUCAAUUGCAAGCAUCUGAAAAAUUGAUCGCAGAAUUGAACGAAACGUGGGAAGAGAAGCUGAAACGAACGGAAUCGAUUCGUCUGCAACGCGAAGCGGUAUUCGCCGAAAUGGGAGUCGCUGUGAAAGAAGAUGGUGUCACAGUGGGUGUAUUCUCACCGAAAAAGACACCGCAUUUAGUAAAUCUAAACGAGGAUCCUCUCAUGUCGGAAUGUCUGAUCUAUUAUAUCAAGGACGGAUUUACGCGCAUCGGUAGCGCUGAAGCUAUUAUACCCCAGGAUAUUCAGCUGUGCGGCCCGCAUAUACUAAGCGAACAUUGUGUUUUCGAAAAUCAUGAGGGCAUCAUAACUCUUAUACCGAAGAAAGGAGCUUUGAUCUAUGUCAAUGGUCGCGAAGUGACCGAAUCGCUUAUUCUGACGACUGGUUCGCGUGUUAUCCUGGGAAAAAGUCAUGUUUUCCGAUUUAAUCAUCCUGAUCAAGUACGCGAACGAAUAGCAAAUGGAUCACCAGCGGAAACUCCUGGCAACAUUGAACCAGUCGCGGACUGGGACUUUGCACAGGUUGAGCUGUUAGAAAAACAGGGCAUCGAUCUGAAGGUUGAAAUGGAGAAGAGAUUACUUGUGUUGGAGGAACAGUUCCGUAAAGAAAAGGAAGAAGCUGAUCAACUGUUUGAGGAGCAACGAAAGAGCUACGAAGCACGGAUAGACGCAUUGCAGAGACAGGUGGAAGAACAAAGUAUGACAAUGUCUAUGUACAGCAGUUAUACGCCAGAAGAUUUCAACAAUAUCGAGGAAGAUAUUUUCGUCAACCCAUUGUUUGACGCAGAGAGCAACUGGACCGAGAGAGAGUUUCAACUGGCCGCUUGGGCCUUCCGCAAGUGGAAAUAUCAUCAAUUUACGAGUUUACGGGACGAUCUUUGGGGCAACGCGAUAUUCCUUAAAGAGGCUAAUGCCAUAUCUGUUGAAUUAAAAAAGAAGGUUCAAUUCCAAUUUACUUUACUCACGGAUACUCUUUAUUCGCCACUACCACCUGAUCUUUUACCUGUCAUGGAUGACGAAGAUGAGGAUGAGAGGCCGUUUCCACGCACGAUCGUUGCUGUUGAAGUCCAGGAUACGAAAAAUGGUGCUACGCAUUACUGGACAUUAGAUAAACUAAGACAGCGCUUGGAGCUGAUGCGACACGUGUACAACGAGGACUCGAGCCCUAGCACUCCGGAGGCCAAAGAGGAUAUUUUCCAAUGCCUUACGAUCUACUCUAAUCCGAAGUUCUCGCUCGCAAAUCUUUUGCCUUCGAGACAAAGGUUGGAGCUGAUGCGCGAGAUGUAUCACAAUGAGGCCGAACUCUCGCCUACAUCUCCAGAUUUCAAUAUCGAAUCUAUCACAGGUGGCGAUCCGUUUUACGAUAGAUUCCCGUGGUUCCGCAUGGUCGGCAGAGCCUUCGUGUAUCUGAGCAAUCUCAUGUAUCCAGUGCCGUUGAUUCACAAAGUAGCGAUUGUGAAUGAGAAGGGCGAUGUUAAGGGUUACUUGCGGGUCGCUGUACAAGCCGUAGUCGAAGAGGAAAAUAGCGAAUACUCAAGCGGCGUCAGACAAUCAGCACGAAUCUCUUUUGAGGAUGAUCUAUUUGGCGGGCACAAGCAUAACAAACGGAACACACUUUUGGCUCAAACUUUGGAGAAGAAUCGACAAAUCGUAUUGCACGAGGAACGCGUUGUCGAGGGACAUAACGAAAUUAAUCAGAAAGACAUGAAAGACGAGGAUGAUAUAGGAGACGCUGACAGUGGCAGAGGCGAUAGCUCGGUUUCGAGUGACAUGAAGGAGGAGGAUUUGCCGGAUCAUUUGCAAUCUGGCGCGGAAUUCACUUUUAGGGUAACGGUCCUACAAGCUAUGGGUAUUUCUACAGAAUACGCUGACAUUUUCUGUCAAUUCAACUUCCUACAUCGACAUGACGAAGCUUUCUCGACAGAACCGGUGAAGAACACAGGCAAGGGCAAUCCACCAGGAUUUUAUCACGUACAAAAUAUUACGGUCACGGUUACCAAAUCCUUCUUAGAGUAUUUGAAGACACAACCUAUCGUCUUUGAAGUGUUUGGUCAUUAUCAACAACAUCCGUUACACAAGGAUGCGAAGCUGGAAUACAGCGUACGACAACCACCGAAGAGGAUGCUUCCGCCUUCCAUACCGAUCAGCCAACCAGUUCGUUCGCCGAAAUUCGGCAGCGUUCUACCGUCUCCCAGCACGUCUCACGUACAUGCCAAGUACGAUGUAUUGGUGUGGUUCGAAAUUUGCGAAUUGGCACCGAACGGGGAGUACGUACCGUCGGUGGUAGAUCAUAGCGAUGAUCUGCCGUGUCGCGGAUUGUUUUUGCUUCAUCAAGGUAUACAGCGACGUAUACGAAUCACCAUUGUGCACGAACCGGCUUCUGAAUUGAGAUGGAAGGAUGUGCGCGAACUCGUGGUUGGCCGUAUCCGAAAUACCCCGGAACCCGAGGAAGAGGAUAACGACUCAUCUGUACUCUCCUUAGGCCUAUUCCCUGGCGAAUAUCUUGAGAUUCCCGGUGACGAUCGCACUAUGUUUAGAUUCGAAGCAGCUUGGGACAGCUCCCUGCACAAUUCGGCUCUGCUUAAUCGAGUCACGUCUUAUGGAGAGCAAAUCUUUAUGACCAUUUCAGCGUAUCUUGAGCUGGAGAACUGUGGAAGACCUGCUAUCAUCACGAAGGACCUGAGCAUGAUCAUCUAUGGAAGGGACGCAAGAGUCGGCCCGCGUUCGCUUAAACACUUAUUUAGCGGCAGUUAUCGCAAUCAAGAAGCGAAUCGACUCAGCGGCGUCUACGAACUAGUGCUACGCCGUUCUUCGGAAGCAGGUAGCCCAGGAGUUCAAAGACGUCAACGUCGCGUCUUGGAUACGAGUUCCACGUAUGUCAGGGGUGAAGAGAAUCUGCAUGGAUGGAGACCGCGCGGAGACAGUCUCAUAUUUGAUCAUCAAUGGGAGCUCGAGAAGUUGACGAGGCUAGAGGAAGUGGAGAGAGUGCGGCACACAUUAUUGUUGCGGGAAAAACUCGGUAUCGACAAACUAUCAUUCUGCAAUAAACCUUUGCACGAUUUCACGAAGAGUGAAAAGGAUGUAUGUAACAUGGUGGCAAAAGCCACGAACGAACCACAUGCCAGCCCGGUGAAGCUGAAACGCUCAACCAGUAAAGAUGUGUACGAACCCUGGGAAAUGACCGAGAGGGAGCGUGAAUUGGCGACCAAAUAUAUUAAACUUAUCCAAGGAAGAAUCCCAAGCAAAGAACCGAUACUACUUGCUGAUGUUUCACCCGGAGAGGAUACCAUAACCGAUCUAUCCGCGUCUAUGAUGUCCUCGGUCAUAUCGUCCUCGUCUCAAGAGUCAGUAUAUGCGAGAGCUAGCGAUUUCUUGAAGCAGGCUGCUGAUAUAAUAGUAUGGAGCAGGUCUAAGUCGUGCCUCCUUAGGUUAAGCUCACCGGAGAGGGCUAGAUUGCAAGAGCUCCAAGAGAGUAUAUUGGCAAGUGAGUCGGCCAAUCAAACUUGCACAGUCGCACCGCCACCGUUGGGCUCAUCUUCACCGUCGAAGGAGAACUUGGUGUUGUAUGUACCGGAGGUGGAGGAAAUUCGUAUUAGCCCGGUCAUUGCGCGGAAAGGCUACUUGAACGUUCUCGAACACAAGACCAACGGUUGGAAGAAACGCUGGGUGGCUGUUCGUCGACCAUAUGUUCUUAUUUUCCGAGAGGAAAAGGAUCCCGUUGAAAGAGCGCUAAUUAAUUUAGCUACAGCUCAAGUUGAAUACUCCGAGGAUCAGCUGGCCAUGGUGAAAGUGCCGAAUACAUUCAGUGUUGUUACCAAGCACAGAGGAUACUUGCUGCAGACUUUAGGCGAUAAGGAGGUCUACGAUUGGCUGUACGCAAUUAAUCCUCUCCUAGCUGGUCAAAUUAGGUCAAAACUCGCACGCAAAGGUCCGGCUGCAUCGAAUUUAAGCAACGGCGCGCCAAUCGGCCUGACACCGACUCUGGAGCAACCGUGCAAUCAGACCAAGUGAGUGGUCGAUACUAUGGCCGGGGUAACGAGUGCAAUAGCAAAAGCGUCGGAAAAAAUGCUGUGCUGGUCGCACUCGGCCUUAGAGUCCCAAGACUUGUGUAACUUUCGAUUUUCGUUAGUCUUUGAUUAAUCCUUGAGUGGAGGCUGAGCGCUGUUGAGAUUUAAUCCACGAUCGACAGCACGGUAAUAUCGACGUUUUACUUUACGCAGCGUUUCCUUAGCACGUUUAGGGUGAAAAAGGAGAUGCUCGUCUUUCGAAGAAGUUACAAACGCGCGUACAAAAGCAAUUGCUAUUAAUACAUUACUGUAUUACAUCGGAAAAUUCGUUUCCACGUCUCUCCGUACAUUUCGAAUUCAUAUUCGAAAUGCUUUUCACGUUGACGAGACGAAAUCAGAGAUUCGUACGCGCGAAUAUUUCCGUUGAAACUUUUAUUUCUACGACGCGUUGACGUAACCUAUCGUGAUAUACCCCUUUACGCAUGCAACGUGUGAGAAGGAUAGAAAUGCAUUUAUGCCUAAUAAACGUAUUCUUAAGAUGAUCAUUGAAAACGAGGUAAGGUAUACACGUUAUAGAUAUAUCUGAUAAAAGAAGUAUGCGAGGAAAAGGCAAGAAAGAGAGGGAGAGAAAGGAAAUAAUAAAGAGAAAAAAAAAAGAGAACGAAACAAAGAGAUUUGGGUAUUGAUAAUUUCAUUCGCAAGCUUGACGAUCACUUAGUACUCUACUCGAAAAAGUAUCUACGACGAAGGAAAAAA